UUUAGGAGAAUUUAUGAACCCAGAAGAUGCAUGCAGUGUAUGUGACUGCAUGGAUGAUGGUAGCUAUGACUGUCGGUCAGUGUGCUUGAAACCACCAUGUGGAACUGACCUGUACAGGAAUGAUACAAACUACCCCACGUGUGGUUGUAAAGUGUGUUCGAACAUCUGUCAAAAUAUAAAUCCACCGUGUGGAGAGCUCACAUGUCCAACAUUGAAUCAUUACUACGAACCAAACGAAUGUUGCCCUGAAUGUCGUUGCUGGUAUGAAGGCGUAAUGGUACCAAGAGGACGUUUCGGUCCCGCAUGUGAUAACUGUAGAUGCAAAGCGAAUAUGGAAGUGAUAUGUGAUCGACCAGCUUGUCCUGCCGUAAAACUUAAAUGUGUAGAUGCAACGUUUGACAAAGAUUGUAAUUAUAUUUGUCCAAACGGUAAAACAUGCAGCCAAGGACCUCAUGUCAUAAAAUACGGAGAGUUCAAGAAGAUAGGGAAUAAAGUGUGCAUGUGCGUUGGAUCCGAUUGGUACCCUCAUGCUUUUUGUGCUAAACCAAUGCAGUUAGGAGACGAUUUCAAGAAGUUGAUGAGAAGAAGAUGUGUUGAUAAUCCUUCAACAUUUCCUACGUGGAAAGAGAUAGCAGCACUUUAGAAAUGACAUUAAAAUGCAUUAUUUUACAUGAUCUGAUGUGUAAACUUUUUAUCUUAAAUAGAUCAUCACAAA